GCUCCUGCGAACCACACUCUGAAUUUUAUCAUCAAUCUAUUCUCUCUCUCUCUCUCUGUCUCUCUCUCUAGCAAAGCAGAGUUGAACCCAGCUAAGGAGAAACGAUGGUAUUUUACUCUCCUGAUCAUGUCCUUCUUUUUUCUUUCCCUGCUCAAGGCCAUGUAAACCCUUUGCUUAGACUUGGAAAGCGUCUUGCGUCUAAGGGCAUGCUUGUCACCUUCUCUACAACUGAAGGCGUCGGAAAACAUAUGAGGAACGCCAACGACAUCACCGAUGAGCUUGUACCUCUUGGUGAUGGGUUUAUCAGGUUCGAAUUCUUUGAAGAUGGAUGGGAAGAAAACGAUCCUAGACGCCAAGACCUUGACCAAUUCUUAUCUCAACUUGAGCUUGUUGGGAAACAAGUGAUUCCUCAGAUGGCAAAGAAACAUUCAGAGCAAGGUCACCCAGUUUCAUGCAUCAUCAGCAAUCCUUUCAUUCCCUGGGUUUCUGAUGCGGCUGCAAGUCUUGGUAUUCCGUCUGCAAUGCUUUGGAUUCAAUCAUGUGCUUCUUUCGCUGCAUAUUACCAUUACUCUCAACGUCUUGUGCCUUUCCCUAGUGAGGAGAACCCAGAGAUCGAUGUUCAGUUGCCUUGUAUGCCUCUUUUGAAAUAUGAUGAAGUACCUAGCUUCUUACAUCCUUCAACUCCUUAUCCUUUCUUGGGGAGGGCAAUUUUGGGCCAGUUCAAGAAUAUUGAUAAGCCUUUCUGCAUCUUGAUGGAAACAUUUCAGGAACUAGAGCAUGAUCUCAUCGAGUACAUGUCCAAGCUUUACAAUAUCAUGCCUGUUGGUCCGUUGUUUAAGGACCCUAAUGCUCCAACAACAACAAUCCAGGGAGAUUUCUUGAAGGCCGAUGAUUGCAUCGGAUGGCUCGACUCCAAGCCACUAUCAUCAGUUGUUUAUGUUUCUCUUGGUAGUAUCGUGACCUUAAAGCAAGAACAAUUUAACGAGCUUGCUUAUGGGCUAUUGAACUCUGGUGUCUCAUUCUUGUGGGUUUUUAGACCGCCUCCUAAAAAUUCAGUCUUUGAACCUGUUGAUAUCCCAGAUGGGUUCUUGGAAAAAGUAGGAGAAAAAGGAAAAGUAGUAAUGUGGAGUCCACAAGAGAGGGUUCUAGUUCACCCAUCAGUUGUAUGCUUUGUUACCCACUGUGGAUGGAACUCAUCAAUGGAAGCACUCACCUCCAGCAUGCCGGUGGUGGCUUUCCCUCAAUGGGGUGAUCAAGUGACUGAUGCCAAGUACUUGAUCGACGUCUUUAAGGUUGGUGUCAGAAUGUGCCGUGGAGAGGCUGAAAACAAGUUGAUUACACGAGAUGAGGUGGAGAAAUGCCUGCUCGAGGCAACCGUAGGGCCCAAGGCGGCAGAGCUAAAGCAGAAUGCCUUAAAAUGGAAGGCAGCUGCGGAGGCCGCUGUGGCUGAGUGUGGUUCCUCCUACAGGAAUAUAGAAAUUUUUGUGAAGGAGGUGAGGAGGAGAAGCGUUGAGAUGACUAGCAAGUCAAGCAACCUUAAUGGAAUUGUGGAAGAAAUAAGAGUUUAAGACGGUCUCUAGUCUAUUAUCUAUUUGGAUUUUUCUUUUUUAAAUUCGAUUCCCCGUGAAUCAAGAAUAAGAAUAAAUGAUGAAACUUAUUUAUUAAAUCUCA